AUGGGUGAAUAUGAGAAAGCCGAAGAGUUUUAUUUGAUGAUGCUUGAUACUAGUUGUGAGAACGAGCGUGAUGUUGCAACUAUUUAUAAUCAACUUGGAACUAGUUAUUGGGAAAGAGGCAACAAUGAGCAAGCAUUAGUUUAUUACAACAAGUCUUUGGAGAUUGAACUGAAAUCCCUGCCUGCAGAUUCGCCAUCGCUAGCAGGAACAUAUAGCAACAUUGACAAUGCUUACAGAGCUAAGGGUAAUUCCGAUCACGCACUGAUGAGCAUGGAGAAGGCACUGAAAAUAAAAGAGAAAUCUCUUGCGUCAGAUGAUCCAUCUCUUGCGAUAACGUACAACAGCAUUGGAAUGGUGUACAAAGAGAAGAAGGAGUAUGCUACGGCUCUAGAAUACUAUCGAAAAUGUUUGAAUAUUCGGAAAGCAGUUCUUCCUGCGAAUCAUCCAUCGUCGGCGACUAUAUAUAACAACAUUGGUGCUGUGCAUUCUGUUAGAAAUGAGUAUGCACAAGCGCUGAAAUAUAUUCAAACGACACUGGAGAUACGUCUGAGUUCAUUACCACCAGCACAUCCUUUAUUAGCAGUGACAUACUCAAACAUUGGACGAGUGUAUGAGGCUCAAGAGAACUACCUGAAAGCAUUAGAAAAUGUGACUGUAGCCUACGAAAUUGCAAAGAGAUCGAAGCAUCAAGACAUGCACGAGUAUGGACGGAUGAUUGAAAGACUGCAUGAGAAACUAUCAAUCUCGAAGAGUUAG